AUGUCUGGAGCUGCUACUGCUGUUCUUACUCCUCCAUCUCAGCCAAGGAAGACAGCAUCCCCUCCUCAAGAGAGCGAAAGGACUUCUUUUUCUACCUCCAAUCCCUCAAGUAACUCAAGAGAAAGUGACAGUAAGAAUCCAUUUAUAAUGCCACCAGAUCACGAGCUGUUUACACUGAGAGAGAAAGAAAGGAAAAAAUUUAAAGAGGAAAGAGCAAAAGAACGAAUGUUAAAAGUCCAUGAAAAAUCAACCUAUUCCUCACGUGUCAAUGCUAAAAUGUCAUCUCUAAGAAAAACUGUUAUUACUCCAGAUAGCUCUGAUAGUGACAUAAAGGGUCUUGAUCGAGCUUCAAGACUCUACGAAGAUACACAAUUUGUACUUGCUACAAUAGAGGUAGAGAUCUCUUUCCAUAUAGAGAAGGAGGAUUUGAAUAGCUAUUUAUGCAAGAAGAGGGAAAUGUUUCUAAUGCAGUAUUCACUUGGAGUGAAGAGAGAUGAGAUACAAAACUUGAAGAGAUACCAAGAGGAAAAGAAACUAGAAUCAGCAGAAACAUAUUUAGAACAAAGUGCUAUCAUGUUUGAUGAAUUCCUCAAAGAAAAUGACAAAAAUUCUGUAGAAGCUAUCAAAAUGGCAGAAGCAGCAACUAAAGCUAAGCUAGAGAAAGUAGCUGAAAUCAAGCGACUCAAUACACAAAUAAUGGCAAUAAAAAGUGAAAUAUCUCGCAAUGAAGACCAGUUGAAUGAGUUGAAAACUUAUCGUCAAUUUAUGAAUGAGUUGGCACCCAGAGGAGUGUUAUAUUUCACAGAUCCUAUGCAAUUACUAGAAAUAUUCACAGAAUUAGAAGAGCAGAACCUUUCUCUUAUUCAAAACAGUCAAGAAACAGAUGAGGCAUUGGAAGAAAUAAGACACAAUCGUCAAAGUACAGAGCAACGGCUCAAUCAUGAAGUGGAGAUAUUAAAACAACAACUUGAUGAAUUAGAAAGGAAUAUACAGAAGGAAGAAAACAAGGCUUAUGAUCUGGAGACAAAAUCAAAAUUAUUUUCAUUUGGUGAAUUCAAAGCUGAUGACCAAGAAGCCAUGUUGUUAGCACUAAAUAAGAAAGUAGCUGAUGUGUUCAGUAAAUGUAUUGGAGUAACUGAUGCUACAGCAAGCACACUCCAAAUGUUAACAGCUAUUGAAGGCCGUAUGGAGGAAUUGUUUAAGAACUGGAAAGUUUUACCUGUUGAUAAAGUGGAAGCUGCUGAAAAGGCUAAAGAGAAGGAAAGACGAUUACGUUUGAGAGAACAGAAAUUGCAAGAACAAAGAUUACAUCAAGAGGAACGAUUAAAGAGAGCUUUAGAAAGAGCGCAAGCAGAUCCAAAGAAAAGAACUGGUAGGCGACUGGUUUAUCGAUCAGAGCCUCCUGUCUUGAAACGUAAACAGCGUGACAGUGAUGAUCAACGUGAAAAAGAAGAAGAAGAAUUACAAUAUUACUUCUCUUAA